AGCAGAACAGAGCUGAAACGUGCAGGGAAGGCAGCAGCACAGGCAGUCCUGAGGACACCAGCAACUGCCUUUCAGCUCUCACAUUUAUAAAUAUUUUACUUCCAGCCAACUGUGCCCAGAAUAACAAUUUUCUGCCUGAAAUCUCCAAGCUGCUGCCGGGAGGCUGUCAGGGACUCGCUUUCCCGGGACCCUCUCGACCUGUUGGGAAGGGGUUCGGGUCUCCAGAGGAGCGGCUUCAGAAGGAUCUGCCCCUAGUGGGAAGAGGCACCGAGAAACAAACACUGAGCAUCCGUUCAGCUGAUCGCAUUAGGGCUUCACGCUGCUGCCGCCACUCAGCCCUCUGCCGAUGCAGCCAUCCGUGCGCUUGGACAAACACCCAGGCAGAGGGAAUGGCUAGGUCUGGAAACGUCUGCAGCUGCAGAAGGCUGCAGAGCUCUGCCGUGGAGCAGCCGUAGAGAGAGGCUGUUUCCCCGAGCAGGGGAGCGUUAUGAAACGCGAGUGCACCGGCUGCGCUUGAGGAUUUUGGCAGCGCAGCGCGGAGGCUGCUUCCAUCCAGCCUGUUGGCGCAGGAGGCCAUGGAGCGGUUCCCUCCCGCCGGCUCCCGCAGGGCGCAGGACCCCGGAGCCCCGGCCCGGUGAGACACGGGGACCCCGGCGAGCCGCAGGGACCGCGGGGACAGCGGUUUCAGCAUCGGCUGUUCGGCAGGACAUGAUGAAGGCAUCACCCUGGGAAUGUGCAGAGACCCUGGGCCAGCCUGGUGCCUGAGGCUUGUGGCAGUGCUGCACCAAGCUGGUCUCUGCUGCAGCUGGCUGGGAAGAAGCUUUUCAUCGGAGGAAGGCACCAAAGUGAUGGGCUGAACUUAUGGGAGGAAUGAGCGUCUGGUCAGGUGGAGAUUCAGGGACCCGUCGGGAGGCGUGAAGGGCCCAGUUUCAGUAAGGGCAUGGCCAAAGCUUUCUUCAGGCUACAGAAGUUUCUCCGUCGGACCCAGUUUCUGCUCUUCUUCCUCACAGCAGCUUACCUGAUGGCUGGCAGCCUCCUGCUGCUGCAGCGGACCCGCCUGGUUAUCCAGCAAGGUUCGCACGGGACCUCCGCUAACCAGGCCCUGAUGGUGCCAGAUGAGACACCCGGGGCUCUGCAGAACCCCCGCCCUGCUCCCAGGCUGCUGGUGGGCAUGGAUGCGCUGCAGGAGCCGGCCCUGGACCAGCGGCACAGCCCACACUGGCUCGUGUCCCGCAAUUCGGAGCUCAGGCAGCUGAGAAGAAGGUGGUUUCACAGGUUCAUCAGCAACCAGGAGCCCAUGGAGACAGCAGGAUUUAAAGUGAUCAAACACACUGCUGAACACAAAGGCACCUACAUAGGAUGCUUCACCGACGAUUCGAGGGAGAGGACACUGAAGGGAGCUGUCUUCUAUGACUUAAGAAAAAUGACAGUAGCUCACUGUCAGGAAGCUUGUGCUGAGAGGGCUUACACCUACGCGGGGCUGGUGUACGGAGCAGAGUGUUACUGCGGGAACACCCUCCCCACCACUGCCUCCAGGCCUGAGGAGUGCAACAGCGAGUGCAAGGGGGAGAAGGGCUCUGUGUGCGGAGGGGUGAACCGGCUCUCGGUCUACAGGGUGGAGGAGCUGCGGGCAGGAGCCAGGAGACGGAGGAAUGUUAUCUAUCGAGGAUGUUUUAGAGCUCCAGAAAAUUUAACAGACACCUUUCCAGCCUCUUUGAUACAGCCCAAUUUGACGGUGGAGAUGUGCUCUGAAUUUUGCUCCAAGAAAGAGUUUCCCUUGGCAGUGAUCCAAGGGCAGGAGUGUUACUGUGGAUACCCCACCGGGCGGUUCUCUCUGCGCGAGGGCGCGGACGGGCUGCGCUGCCGCGGGACACGCAACACCAGCAGCACUGCCCAGGGAAAGUACUGCCUGGUCUACCAGACACCCGUACAAGACACUCGCUGCACAGACAGGAAAUUCUUAACCACCAAAUCCAAAGUGUUUGUUGCUUUGUCGAGCUUUCCUGGGGCUGGGAACACGUGGGCUCGCCACCUGAUCGAGCACGCCACGGGAUACUACACAGGAAGUUAUUACUUCGAUGGAGCCCUCUACAACAAAGGUUUUAAAGGAGAAAAAGACCACUGGAGAAGUAGAAGGACCAUCUGUGUGAAAACACACGAAAGUGGCAAGACAGAGAUUGAAAUGUUCGACUCAGCGAUCCUGUUGAUAAGGAACCCCUACAAAUCACUGAUGGCAGAGUUCAACAGAAAAUACGCCGGGCACCUGGGCUAUGCCACCGACCGCAACUGGAAGAGCAAAGAGUGGCCAGAUUUUGUGAACAGCUAUGCUUCCUGGUGGGCCUCCCAUGUCCUGGACUGGCUGAAGUAUGGGAAGCGCCUGCUCAUUGUCCACUACGAAGAUCUAAAGCAGAGCCUCAUCCCCAAGCUCAGGGAGAUGGUGGAGUUUCUGAACGUGUCAGUGACAGAGGACCGGCUGCUCUGUGUGGAGAACAACAGGGACGGGAAUUUCAAGCGGUCAGGUGCUAAGCUAAAGGAUUUUGAGCCAUUCACCCAGGAAAUGAAAGAUCUUAUCAACAGAUACAUCCUGAUGGUGGAUGAAGCCCUGAGGGGAAGAAACUUCACAGGGCUGCCCAGGGAGUAUGUGCCAAGAUGAUAGCCUGGUAUCACACUGCUGUGGUUAAAAAUAAAGUUUUUUUUUCUUAAAAAAAACCAAACAACACAAAACACCACAAACAAAACAAAAAGAAAAACAACAAUGAAAAAACCCAGCACUCUCUAGCAGUUACAGCAAAGAUACUUGUGGAGGCUGCUGAGAACUGCAAAUUCUCUCCACUCUUGGGAGGUUCUUCAGGGCACUAAGUGCUCCAGAAGGGAAGCAAUGAAGGAUAGAAAUUGGGUUAUAAACCAAUGCAAAAAAGCUGUUAGUCUACCUGUGUGUGCCCCUCCCUGCACAGGCAGCUCAGAGCAUCCCAGCAAAACAUCCCACCCCUGUGGCACCUGCCUGCUCACCUUACUGCCACCACAGACCUGCCAGGGGCUGCUUGGGAUUCCACAGCAACUGUGUUGGAAAUGGAUGUGCUUAAAGGGGGAGAAGAGGGGGGAGUCUUAACACUGAUCAGCAAUUUUCAUCUGAGCAUUUAGGAAAAUCGAUUGCUUUCUUAUCUGUAUAACCCAUUAGUCAGGUCACCUGCCACAGCAGUGCCAGGGCUGCACCGGGGCACAGAGGUGCCGUGGAUGCCGGGCAGAAAGGUGCUUCUGGACCAACCCCAGACUGCCCUGCAGGAACAGCAGCCUGAAGUUAAGGACCACCUGAACUCCACAGGGAGGUGGGGUGGCCACAGCAUCCCCCAUGGUGAGGUGCACAGCAGGAGAACAGAAAUUCAGCAUGGCCAGUUGGGAAUCCCUGGGUGUUAUCAGCCCCAAACCUGGCCCCAGGGGCAUGGAUGAGACCCCAGAGUGUGGCAGAGGACAGAUGCCACCUGUGCUAGGGCCUUGGCGCAGGUUUUUGCACCUCCAUCUCUGCACCUGGAGAGUCACAGUGUAUCUGGGGAGACACUGGGGCCAAAUGUCACCACAGCUGGUGCUCUUGGUUCUAGAAGUGGCCAUGGCCCAGCAGUACUGACAUGAGCCUGGACCGCCUUGGGAGUGGGGGCAAGGGGGUGACCCCACCUUGCCCCUCAUCCCUGGAGGAACUUCAAGGCAGUUCGACCUGAAAAUCCACAGCUGCUUAAAGCUGCCCUCUGGAGCCACCCAGAGCAGCCAUGAAGGUUUGAUUUCUAACUCCUGCUGCUCCCUGUGGCUCCUUUCACCCUGCACCAAGGCUGUGUGUGGUGGGGAGGGAGUGGGGGCAUGGGGGGCUCACAGAGCAGCUGCCCCAUGAUCCUGGACCACCAGGCAGCUUGGAGAUGGUGAAAUGUUGCAGCCAAAGGGGCUGCCCUGCUGCAAGAUGCUUCUGUUCAUGUGAAAUAAAGGAUUUCUUAAAAAUUUGA